ACAUGAGCAACCUUCCCAUCAUGUACCUUCUCCUGCUUCUUCUUGGAUUCCAAGCCCCUCAGGCACAGGGGCGGCCCUUUCCGACAUACCAGCUGAACCAAUACUUGGCAAAGAUUGAUGAAAUUAUGCAGAUCUUAAACAAGUUACCCUUGCCUUCACAGGACCCCUUGGACCCAAAUGAGACAGAGAUCCUGAGGGAAAACACCCUUCUGAGGCCAAACCUGGAUGCAUUCUUAAAAGCUGCAGAAAAUUUCCACGAAGAUGGACUGCUAAUCUGGAAAAAUCUUAAGGAAUUCCUGCCACUCCUGCCCACUCCCACACCCAGGGGAAACCCAAUCCAUAUCGAGGAGGAUAACUGGGUUGAUUUCCAAAGGAAACUGACUAAAUAUCUGGAAAUCCUUGAUAACUUUCUGAAUUUCAAGGAGAAACACUGA